UGAGGGGGGUGAUGCAGAAUCAAGAUACACUGGACCAGGUGCGAGCUCUUCUUUCUAAAGGCAUCACUCCCCAGGAACUCGAAGACAUUUUGGUGGAACGAACAGCUUCCGCGCUGAGUAUAGUGCGUGGACUGCAACUCCUUUCUUCUCUUCUCUCAAAACUUGAGAAGGAGGAGAAGCGGAUGCUUCACGAGGUACUUAAGACCCUCUGGCUGUUUUCUGGAGAAGGAAGUGGGAAGCACAUGAUUGAGAGUCUUGUGGGUUCGGGUACCGAGUUGGAAAUGCGAGUGCGUAUGGCGUUUCAUUCUGUUCUCGAGACGUGUGAAUCUCUCCUAAUGAAUAACUGUUCCAGGGAGAUGUCGGCAGAGGCGAUGCUGACGUCACCAGCCGAGAAUGGUCCUUCCACGAUAUUACUGUUGGCCAUUAUGUGCCAUCCGUGGGAUGCAGUGGAUUGUGAGUUUUUUAAGUGCAACGGGAAUGAGGAUGAGCUGGCAGGUAUCCUUGGACAUUUGGAGGAACAGAUGAAUCUGUUCACAUGCAACGUGCCGUUGAUGUCUUCAUGGCGUAACCAUCGUCAUCAAAGUGAUGCUACGGGCGCAGCAAAAAGGCCGAAUAAAUGGAAUGAAAUGAUUGGUAUUGCGGAGCACAUGUCGAUAAACUGCAUUCUGCCAAAUGGAUUUUCUAUUGCCAUUCCAAAUUUGCAACUUUCUCUUUCAGAAGAGGGCAUCACCUUUGAGAAGGCCGUUGCCGGCCCAUUGACGUUGCGUGCGGAUGAGGCCUGGCCUUUGCCACGACUCAUGGCUUGGUUCGGUGGCGUUCCCCGCGUAUUUUAUUAUGAGGUGACACUCACAUCGCCGUGCCACAUUUUUGCCUUGGGCCUGGGCCACUGCCGGGGCGGGAUGGAUCGCGGGGUCGAUGUGGCGUAUUUUUACGAGAAUUCCGGUGACACCCACGACAUCUCUUGCCCGCCUUUUGAAGAGGGUGACACGAUUGGCUGCGGUGUUGUGGCGACAACGCGAAGAAUAUUUUUAACCCUGAACGGUGUCUUUGUUUCAUUCAUGGGGACUGUGAGCGACAAGACUGAGGCACUCUACCCCGUCAUUCGUAUCAAUAACCGCGAACGCGCAGGUUUUACGGUGAACUUUGGCUCUACCGCUUUUUGUUACGAUUUUCGCAGAUUGCACCCCGCUCUUUUUAUCAGUGGGCGUCCAACUUGUUACAACAUCGCUUCUACCGCGGAGAUUGUUCUUCACUACAUUUGUGCUCGUGCCUGCACCAUGCGGGAUUCCGGUAAAUCCUGCGCAAGAACGUUUCUUAUAAAUUGCUGUGAAUUGGUUUGCCGCAGCAUCAACAAGGUGGCGUCAAUUAUUAUGGACAUUGGUGUGACUAAAGUGGAAAAUUGUGAUAGUCGCGUUGAGCAGGCUGUGGUUCUUUCCAUCGCCGAAGCAUCGCUUAUGAAGUUCAUUGCAGCGCUACGUCACAUUUUACAGAUUGGCAAACCCUAUUUACUUCCGGAGGUGAUUGGUGAGAUGCUCUUUAAUGCGGCAACAGUUCUCAUGAUGUUGCCUUUGCAUUCGAUACAAAUGUCGACCAUUAGUUUUUUUCCAGAACUUCUUCCACACAUCCCUCAUGUGCAAGACAUGGGCGCCUCAACAAAGCUGGUAAAGACCCUGUUUGAACACGCAAAAGUGCCGCUGGAUACUCGGGGUAAAAUUCCAUUUGUCCCCUACUGGCGGCAGUGUGAUACUCGAUGUAUGACCAUCUCACAUGUGCAGGUGGCUUCCAUGCAACCUGAGGCGCAGCGAAGUAUUGUUUUGGGAAAUAUUAUCCCGCGCACAGGAAAGGUGUCCUUUACGGUACGCGUUUUCCGCAAAGGGAUGUCGAAGGGGCACUCCCUUAAGGGCGGGUACUACAUUGGGAUUGCGGUGGCCAACCUGACACCUCUGUCGCCAUCAAGCAACUCCCAGAGCUGGAAGGCCGUAAAGCCACCGGUUGUGUGGGCGCUACACGAUAUUUCACCUCAACUGCCCCAUGCCACAAACCCAACGGUUAAACCAAAUGUUUUUCAUCGGACCUUUGGCAGUGGAGACGCCAUUCGUGUUGUAAUUGACUGUGACAAGCAAACGGUGAGCUUUCAUCGUGAUAAUGAGUUUCUGAAGACUUUGUUUACGGACAUUCCCUCUAAUGUUGAUUUGGUACCAUUUGUUCAACUCUACAACGACGAUGCCUCCGUCUCCAUAAGCCCUGGGGAAAUGACGGCGCCUAUUUCAUCAUCAACUCUCCUCAGUGCUGCUUCGGUGGAUGUAUUGCGUUCCAUGCUGACAUUGGAGCCAUUUGAGCGUUUGGUUGCGGAUGGGCUUUGUGAGGAAUUGGAUGAGGCAGCGUUUCCUUACGUCACCUUAGCCUUGUUUAGGAGUACACCGGAUCCGCGUGUUUUACAGCUCUGUUGCCGUAAUGGCGAGAAAAUUUUGGUGACUGUUCGUCGUUUGACACAAUGGCGGGUCAAAUUUUCUGUUGGCAACUUGGCGUACUACGAGCACAUUAACAACCUUCGCACGGCGUCCUUUUUGGGUACGAAUGGGGCAUUUGACGUCAGUGAUGUAUCGGUGUCAUUGUCAGGCAUUGAACGGUGCAUUUCCAGUUUGGUGUCUGCCCUUCGCCGUCUUGUUGCCCCUCUUGUCACGACACAGGCACUCUCUCUGCUGGAAACACAACAGCGACAAAAUAUACUGGAGGAUGAGAAUGAUCAAUGGGACUAUUUGUUUCAUGGGGUUCGUGUCACGCAAUUUCUCAGCAUUCAGCGACUCUCUCAGAAUAUUCAUCUUUUGGAAUCCCCACGCAUUCCUGUGGAUUACACGUUUUCCGCCGUGCUGUCGCAUCCCGGUUUUUAUUUUUCUCCUCGUUACUGCGGCCGCUUGGCAACGGUACCAAGUGGAGCGGAAAAUACCACAACGCCUUUUAUUGCGAUUGCUGAACCCGCUGUUCCGUCCACAGGACGAUUUAACUUACGCUGCCAGCUUAUCCGGGGACACACGGGACAGAUAUUGGGCGGUGGAUACUACGUAGGGCUUUGUGUUGCAUCCUUUGAUUGGAAACGACGGGAUCUGAAUGUGGGCAAUCCGGAGGUGUGGGCCAUACACGACAUGGACGAUGCACCGUGGAGGCUGCGUCACCUGUACCCAGGGACUCGUUUCCAGACUAUUGCUGACCCAAGCUGCAUACUUGUAAGUGGGGAUAUUGUUCGCCUUGAGAUUGAUCGCGAUGAGGGCACUAUGCAUGCCUAUCGCAAGGGUGUAAACCAGGAGGAGGUUUUGGUAGGUCUUAUUUUUGAUAAUUUACCCAAGGACACUGAACUCUUUCCGUUUGUGCACUUGUAUAAUACAGAUGCUGUCGCGGUACUUUUACCAUCCGAUGGGGAUCGACCGGCAACACGCACGACUGUGCAGCAGCCACAUUUUGCGCUGUGCUUUUCAAAUGUUAAGCGGAACUGCGACGGGUGUGUCACACAACACCUCGAGACGCGUUUGACUUCUCGUGUUUGGUACAAAUGCAAUGAAUGCGUUGAUUACAACUUGUGCCAUUCUUGUUUUACGCUCUGUAUCCACUCACAUCAUUCCUUUACAGAAAUGGGACCCGACCCUCUUGUUUACUCCAGUUCUCCCCCAAAGUUUCUGGCGCUGGGAAUGAAAGUGGUGAUUCCCGGAACCACCGCGCUCUAUUUGAAGAAGUGUGGUUGUCGUGUGCUGGAAAAACACAUGAAUUGUGUUGCGGAGGCGAAGAGAAACAAUGCGGUGGCAAUGUGGGGCAUUGUGUUUAAGAAGAUUGCCACCUUUACGGUUAUGGUGGACACAUCGAACGGUGAACCUCUUUGCCCUGAGACUCCCAUGUUUAUCGGCCUUGGCGAGGCCGAGGAUGUUACCUCCGUUUCUGUCGAAAUGCUUCGGGAGCGAUGUAUUUCAGGGGCGGCCAGUAUCGUUUCUCUUUGCAGCGAUUCCUCGCUGGGCCGAAAGCUCAACUCGCCAAGUCUUUCUCCGUAUGGCUUCCGGCGUGGCUCGACCAUCACCAUAGAAGUAGACACCGUGUCGGGGGUUGCCACUAUACGACGUGACUGGGUGACCCUUGGCACACAGCCCUUUUCCGUUUCCCACCUGGACAACCCCAUUAACUUGGUGGGAUUUGUGCUGUUUGGUAGAAAGAAUGUCGUUGUUUCCAUCUACCCCGAGACCAAUCAAACAAUUCCUGCUGUCGUAGAAGAAGUGACGGAUACGUUUUUGCGCGUCUCGUGCCAAGGAAGGGUGCGAUUGCUAAGACCCGAACACUGUCGUGUUCCGUUGUCUCCGUCUCAAAGUCCGCCUGCUGUGGGUGCAUUGGGAUACGUCUUUGUGAAGAAGGAUCUUGUGCAGUGCAAAGUUGUUGCUGUUGAAAAGGACGAGGUGGCACUUCAUUUUCCUCUGGACAAUGUGGUGCAAUGGGUUCCCUAUUCCCAGUUCUUAACUGGUCGCUUUGACGCCAUUGCUGAGGAGCGUCUGCUUCAUCGCGAAAUUGACGAAGCAGGUGUUACAAUGAGUGAUGGGUUUGUUAUUUCCAGGCUUUUGAUUAUUCUGUCGUGCCUUUGCGAGAAUGAAGCGCUUUUGCCACUUGUCUUGUCUCACAGCCCGGCAAUUUUGAGUGUACUUGGCCCAAUGGCCGCCGUGGAGAUUAGCAAUGAUGCACCCAUUGAAUUUAUUCAGGAGGUUCGUACUGCGGUGGAUGUGACGUGCAACUGUGUUCGUGUCAUGACCGGGAACAGGCGUCUUGCAGGAUUUAUUCCAUCCCUUUCUAUUGGAAGUCAUCAAUGCAAACCAAAGCGAAAUAUGCUCAUGUGCUCUAUGGAGGGUCCACAUCGCGGUAAAAUUUUUAAAGUUUUUUCUGUGGAAUCGGCAAAUUCUUUCAGGGGUGUGGAUAUUGCCGAUAUUUCUUCAACAGCCCUGCUAAACAUGGUGGAUUGUAUCCCAGUCAAGCAGUCGGGCGGUAAGCCUUGGUGGACCAUCCGCAAUGGCCUGCCCUGUAACUUGCUGGAGCAUACGUUGCGCGUGACGGAUCUGGAGCAUCGUUCAAAAAAUACCACGCUCGAGGGAGAGUGGCAGGGGGAAAUCAUCAUACCGAGAAGAAGCAACGGCUCCAUUUCAAUUCGUCUUAUGGCAGACUGUACGGGUUUAGCCACUGUGAAUUUUCCCACCGGAUCCAGGGAGUGCGUUGUUUUUGGGGAAUAUAUGCGGUACAGCAGGACUGUGCGUCUUUGUCUUUAUCAUGCGGCGGGCUCGAAAAGAUGCAGUGGAUUUCUUUUUCAAAAAGGGGACAAACAUCCAACGUUUGAGGCUGCUGUGGAGCAGGUGGAGUCAAUGCUGUCCAGUAGUAAGGAACCCGUCUUUGUUGUUGUUAUGGAUGGGGUCAUUGACACGGAGGGUCAGCGUGUUUUGGGCGAAUGGAAGCCACGGAAUGACAGAGCGGGUUCAUUUGUCGUGAAUACAUUUCGCCGAGUGACGUUUAUUUCUCCCACAACUGAAUUGGCGCAAAUUGAGCCUCUUCCAGAAUGCAAGGACCCCGUGAUACCACCGGCUCCACAGCGGGACAUGGCAUCGACGAUGCACCGUCUUGUUGUGCUGCUUGCCCGACAUUUGUAUCUUUUAAUCCUCUACAAGGGCGGGGAAGUGGGGAGAGAUGCCUUUCAGUGCAUCAUUCACUACCACUCUCACCCGCUGACCGACCAGAUUAUUUCAACCUAUGCCGACACAGAGCAAUUGCUGCGCACCGUGUAUGAGACGUUGCACCUUAUUUUGGACCCCAAUACGAAGCCAUGGGACUCCACGACGCUCUCGUUGCUCAUUACAAAGAGUGUACUUCUUCGAGAUGGGGUUGCAACUCAUUUUCCAAGUCUCCUUUGGGAUUUGUUUCAUGCCGUGGUUGCAGCUACGCAUCAGUGUGGUGCCGACUACCGUCGCCAUCUUUUGAAGAAUGUCAUUGGAUUUGUCGAGAGACACCGGGAUGGAUUUCACGACGUUUAUACUCAACUUCUUUCUUUAUUGCUGACGUGGGUUGAUCGGAACGUUCCAAGCUUUUCAAACUCUUCCGAGAGCCGUCAAGACGUUGCCGCCGGUGUGGAACUUGUCAUGAGUGUCGAAAAGUCCCUUUUGAAAGAUACCAUUCGUAACAUCCCUUUGGCACCACUGCAGUGUUUGAUAGAUAUGUCGAACUCGUUCACGGAGGGAGUGCCGUUACCAAAGGCAGUGGAUCUUGUGGGGGAAGAGAUGGCUAUACGUGAUGUUCCACCUGUUGAGGCACAUUGUGCAUUUGGUGAAUUUGUGGAGGGAUUAUUGAAGGUUGGUAAAGUCAUGAGUUCUUGUGCGGCGCGCACGCGCGGUAAAUAUUACUACGAGGUUACAUUACCAGAUCGACUGACCGCGCCAUUUGUUGUUGGAUGGGGAACGGAAGAACAUACGGAGGUUCCAAGCCUGCACGUUGGAAGUGAUACCUGCAGUUUUGCCUUCACGGGGAAUGAGCUGACGUCAAAGAAUAAAAAGGAGGAGUACAAACCCGGACAAGAGGUGGUUCCUGGAUCAGUGAUAGGGUGCUUGCUUGACAUGAAUGAGAAAUUGGUGGCCUGGUCGGUGAAUGGGGCAUAUGGUCCAUUUGUCCCCAUUCCUAUUGAACAUGGGGAAAUGGCUUUGUAUGCAUUUAUGUCUACGGGUUUUUGUACUGGCAUGCGGGUAGCACUCGAUGCGUCACAGUUUGGAUAUGUGCCUGAUGGCUACUCCGACUUAUCGGGACGUUUCACGCGUGUUCAGAUCACGACGUAUGGUGAGCAGCCGCUUCAAAGUGUACUACCAGUUCGACCAUUGUCCUUUUAUGAACAGUUGGCAUCCUAUCUUUCCGAUACGGAAGACUCCACAAUGUUGAAGAUGCAGACAAGCAAUUCAUCUUUUUCUGCAUUCUCUUCCGUCGGGAUUUUGAGUCCGGAGGCCGAGCUGCUGUCCCGUUAUCCCCAGUUGUCAAAUCUGAGCUACGAGGAGCGGAAGGAACACACCAAGGUUAUUCGUGUUGCGGAGAGCUGCAUGGCUACCGCACGUCGUUUUAUUGACCUGGACAGCGAAGUUGUGAAUGGUCGAUUGUCGUGUGCAUUUCUGCUCAUGAAGCACAUUGUGCGCCGGCCGUUUGGAAGGAACCUUCUCGUAAGUAUUCCACCUGUUGAGAAAAACAACAAUCCGCCGGGCAUCACUGUGCGUAUCACGGAGUUAUAUUCCACCCUUCCACGUACACCCGAAGUCGCUCUACAGCACUCGGUACUGUCGCAGAUAUACAAACAGAUUGGGUCUUUCACGGAUAAGCAACUUCGACAAAGUCCGCUGUUUAAGGUGAACUUAUACAUCGCCGGCAGUGGACACGCCCCACAUGAUCUCGGAGGACCAUACAGGCAGUUGUGGACUUUCCUUAGUGAGGAGCUUAUGGCACACCCGGAUAAGUGUUAUCCCCACACAGACUACCACAGGAACCCGCUCUGUCGUUACCUGAACAAUUCAAGGAGAAUUGCGCUGGUUCCAGACAGCUCUGCCAACUCAGCAUAUGAUCUUAUUUUGUUGAAUUUUCUUGGAAAAAUUAUGGGCCAUAUGGCGGCGGCGAAGACGCCCUUGGCGCUGGAUUUUUCGCCAUUUGUGUGGAAGUAUCUUGUGGAGGACACGCUCACGGUAAAGGACUACUACAAAUAUGUUGAUAGUGUGGUGGAGAAGAGUAUGGAAGAUGCCGAUUUUUUGAUGAGUGGGAUGGCGGAGGAAAUCAUUCCAAACCUUUCCGCGGUGCUGGAAUCACUGGAAAAUAAAAGCGAGAGUGAGAACGCCAUGGUGUUUAAAUGCCGUCGGCUGGCGGAAGAUUGUUUGACGCACUCCAUGGAUUUGCAGUUGAAUGCGAUCCGCGAGGGGAUGUGGUCUGUCCUGCCCAAACGUGUUAUUCGCUGUCUCUCGUGGCGGGAUUUGGAGCGGAUGGUCUGCGGUGACUCCGACCUAACGCCUGACCUGAUGCGGCAGUCCAUUGAGGUUCAGUUGAAUGGGAUAAGGGAGCAGGCCUUUUGGCGUAUUAUGGAUGAGCUCACUGUGGAGCAGCGUUCUUCAUUUCUCUGUUUUGCCUGCGGACAGAAAAGACUUCCCCUCAUCCGCAAGAUCAGGGUGACCGAGAAUGCAGAGAGUACGGAGCAUCUUCCACGGGCACAGUCGUGUUCAUCAUUGGUGACUGUUCCGCCUUAUGAUACUUACGAACUCUUUAAGGAAAAACUGCUUCUUGCCAUCACGCAUGAAAUGGAGAUGGAACUGGCGUAG